AUGGGUAGCCAUCCCGAGGAUAAGAGCAUCGAAGAAAUUCUUGAAGAAGUAGAAAACAAUGAUAAUUUCAUGACGGGCUCGGUCUACGACGAUAGUGAUCUGAGUUGGGAAGAUCGGCUGGUCAACAAACCACCCUCUCUUUUAUUGGCGCAACCCCAGGGCUUUCCUUCUGGGAGUGCUUUGAUUCGAAAUUGGGAAAAGGUCGGGAUUGGAUUACCGAAAUCACCCGUGAACGGAGAAACCGACGACUUCAAUGAA